GGCGGAGGUGCUCAGUAACCCUGCGGCGGAGGAAGGACGGGAGUAGAUUUAGGCUUGAAGACGGGGCUGGAAGGCCCAGAGGAGGUCCUCUUAGCCUUGGAAGGUUGGCCGGAGGGCUGACCCACGAGUCUGACCUACAUUUCUGGGGCUCCGCCAGCGCCAGUUUCCGGUUCAGGCUCUCUGAUUCCAAACCAUUGGAUAGUCUGAGGCAGCCCCUCUUCUCAUCAGUUUUCUAGUUGUAAUUCUUUUUUUUUAAAUAUUUUUUUAAAAUUGAUUUCAGAGAGGGAGAGAGAUAGAAACAUCAAUGAUGAGAGAGAAUCAUUGAUCAGCUGCCUUCUGCACGCCCCCCACUGAGGAUCAAGCCCACCACCCCUGGCGUAUGCUCUGGCCAGGAAUGGAACCGUGAGCCCCUGGUUCCGCCGGCCAGGCUGUAGCAGUUCUUUAUUUUUAUGCCUGAAUAUUCCGUGUUAUGGUUAUAUUACAUUUUAUUCAUCAAUUGAUAGACAUUUGGAUUGUUGUAAAUGAUUCCUCAAAAUCAUUUUUAGAAUGGUAAUAGACUCUUAACAUACUUCUUUUUCUUGUAUUUAAUCCUCAGCACAAGUCUACAAGGUAGGUAUUAUUUCUCUUUGCAAAUAAGAAAAAUUCAAAGAAAAUUAGAUGAUUUUGCCCACAGGGCCACCAAGGUCACGUUUCUGGGAGUGCAUCUGUAUGAAUGAGGAGACAGUUCACUCAGCCUGACUGCAAACCCAUGCAUGCUUUUUUUUUCUGUUCUCCCUUUGAAAGCCAAGAUGCAGUACCAGGAGGGUUGGAAGGGAAAUUCAAGGUGUGUCAAGUGAAUGAAUGAAUGAGCUAUUCAAGAAUAAGACUGGAUCUUGAACAGUGGUGACAGGAGUGAUAGAUACACCUGCCCUACUUCUUAAGCCUUCAGGAGGUAUUUGGAGGCAGUUUGAUUUAGUGAUUCAAGGCCCGGGUCCUAGGUUUCAUCUCUGGCUUCCCUACUUAAUUUACUAACUCAGCAGGUUAUUUGUAUUCUCUAGCUUUCAUGUUCAUCUUUAUAGGGUUGUUAUUACUACUCAUGUUUGUAAAACUCAGAGCCUCGUACACAGUCAGUGUUCGGUUAAAUGUUGAUUGUAAUUGUUCUGUCAUCUAUAGAUUUAUUCUUAUCCCAUGCUCAUUUUUCUCUUUUCAGUACAAGUUCAGGGAUCUAACUGUGGAAGAACUAAAGAAUGUAAAUACGUUUUUCCCACAUUUCAGAUAUUCCAUGGACACCUAUGUUUUCAAAGAUAGUUCCCAGAAAGACUUGCUGAAUUUCACUGGUACUGUUCCUGUGAUGUAUCAGGGUAAUACAUAUAACAUACCAAUUCGUUUGUGGAUUUUGGAUUCUCACCCUUUUGCUCCCCCCAUUUGCUUCUUAAAGCCAACUGCAAAUAUGGGAAUCUCAGUUGGAAAACAUGUGGAUGCUCAAGGCAGAAUAUACUUGCCCUACCUCCAAAACUGGAGCCAUCCUAAAUCUGUUGUUGUAGGAUUAAUUAAAGAAAUGAUUGCCAAGUUUCAAGAGGAACUUCCCCUGUAUUCUCUAUCAUCAUCUGAUGAGGCACGGCAGGUGGAUUUGCUAGCCUAUAUUGCAAAAAUCACUGAAGGUAUCUCAGACAUAAAUUCAAAGAACUGGGCAAAUCAUGAGAAUAAAACAGUAAAGAAAAUUACUGUGGUUGGAGGUGGAGAACUGGGAGUUGCCUGCACAUUAGCAAUUUCAGCAAAGGGCAUUGCAGACAGACUUGUCCUCUUAGACCUCUCAGAAGGGACUAAAGGAGGGAUGAUGGACCUUGAGGUCUUCAGCCUGCCUAAUGUGGAGAUCAGCAAAGAUUUGUCUGCCUCUGCUCAUUCCAAAGUGGUCAUCUUUACCGUUAACUCUUUGGGUAGUUCUCAGUCCUACCUUGAUGUGGUGCAGAGAAAUGUGGAUAUGUUCAGAGCCCUUGUCCCAGCUCUGGGACAUUAUAGUCAACACAGUGUCCUGCUUGUUGCAUCUCAACCAGUGGAGAUCAUGACUUAUGUGACAUGGAAACUGAGUGCAUUUCCUGCAAAUCGAGUAAUUGGAAUUGGAUGCAAUCUGGACUCACAGAGGUUACAGUAUAUUAUUACAAAUGUUUUAAAGGCAGAGACUUCAGGAAAACCAGUGUGGGUUAUUGGUGAGCAGGGAGAAGACAAAGUUACCAAAUGGGGUGGCCAAGAAGAAGUCAUGAGUCAUAACUCUCAGGUGCAGCUGUCCAGCAGAGCCAUGGAACUAUUAAAGGUCAAAGGUCAAAGAUCCUGGUCUGUUGGACUAUCAGUAGCUGACCUAGUUGACAGUCUUAUAAAUGAUAGAAAGAAAGUGCAUUCUGUAUCAACUUUAGCAAAGGGAUAUUAUGAUAUAAAUAGUGAAGUGUUUUUAAGUUUGCCUUGCAUCCUUGGAACCAGUGGGGUAUCUGAAGUCAUCAAAAGCACAGUGCAAGAAGACGGAGUGACUGAGAAGCUCCAGAGCAGCGCCUCCUCACUUCAUGAUCUCCAGCAACAGUUAAAACUUUAAGUCCAAAGUUCACAGCUACCUGGAGGGAAGCGUCAUUUAAUUUUGCCAACAUAUAAAGGGUUGAGAACUUCUGUAUCUUUUUUUUUUUUAAAUAUAUUUUAUUGAUUUUUCACAGAGAGGAAGGGAGAGAGACAGAGAGUUAGAAACAUCGAUCAGCUGCCUCCUGCACACCUCCCACUGGGGAUAUGCCUGCAACCCAGGUACAUGCCCUUGACCGGAAUCGAACCUGGGACCUUUCAGUCCACAGGCUGACGCUCUAUCCACUGAGCCAAACCAGUUUCGGCAGACUUCUGUAUCUUAUUACUUAUCCUUACAAACUACUUGGUUAAGGUAGAUGGUUUUUUGGUUGGUUUUGUAAUUUGAAUUCUUAGGGAGUUAGAUAAGGAGGGGGAAAAUCCGAUUUUCUUUGUCGUUCUUUAUAUAACUACUAGAGGCCUGGUGCAUGAAAUUCAUGCACGGGUAGGGUCCCUAGGCCUGGCCAGCAAUCAGAGCCAAUCAGGGUCCCUGCCUCCCCGUCUCCCCGCCUCCUCCUUCCCUCACUC